AUGUCAGCAACAUCUGUAUUUGGAAUGGGAAUAAAUGUACUCGAUGUUACUUUAAUAAUACACACCACUUUACCUUUAUCAAAUGAACAAUAUGUACAAGAAAUUGGGCGUGUUGGUUAUUUAGGCCAAGGAUCAAAAGCCAUAAUUUUCUAUUCACGUGGAGACAUUCGUACUUUAUUAGUAAUUAUUGGUGGAGGACAGGAAAAAAAAAUUAUGUUAAUGGCAUUGUAUACAGAUUCCAUUUAUGAAUGCCGUCAGCAACUUACAUACCAAUCGUUCCAAUGGUUCCAAUGGUUAUACGAUCCUCCAAUUUUACAAUGUAUGAUUUGUGAUAAUUGUUUGCGCCGAGAAAAGGAUACACCGUCAAUAUAUGACGCACAGUCUGAAGCUGUGCGAAUGAUACGAAUAGUUAUUUGGGGUCUCUUAUAUGCUGUACUAAUAAAAGCAUAA